GAGAAAGGCACAGGAGCCUGAAAGAGGAGUGAACCAGUACGAAAGCCUAUGGAAAAAGUGUCAGCCAUGACUUCUUUCCCAGUGAUGUUGUUUCUCAUAAUUCUGCUGCUCCCAUCAAUUUGCUCUGAAGAAAGGACUCAAGCAGAUCCCACCAUAUCUGCUGAUAACAAGAAAAACUUCAAGACUGUGGUUGACCUGACUGACUGCCAAUGUGAACGAAACUUCAUAGAGUCCUUAGAGAGUACACUUCCUGCCUCCAAUCAAGAUCAAACACUGUUUGAAAACAUGACUAAUCAACACAAGUUAAACCUUUCUAAAAUGUUGAGUGUCCUGAGCAAAUGUUGUACUCAGAAGCAGCAAGUGGACACGGUACAUUUCAGAAGAAUGCCCCAUAGGAUUCAAAGUACCAAACAAAACAAUUAUAAAAAGCAAGUCCUUUACCCUAUGCAAGAAUUCAUGAAUUUAACUAGAGAUGUGUUGGUUUCCAGAUAUGUAUAACUAGGAGGCCCCUGGUGUCCUACCUGCUGUGCCUAUUAUUAGGGUUCUUUGAGUCUUACAACCUCUUUGUUUACCCACCCAAGUAAAGGAGGGUAGAGAUUAUAAAUAAACAAAAGAAACUAGUCUCUCCUCCCUCCUGUUAAAUGCUAAAAGUGAUCAGAGACAGCAAAUGAAGGCUUCUGAAUCAGCAGUUCAGGGAACAGACCGCUUGGAAUUCGCCUCCUUUCCAAACUAAUCACCAAAUCUUCCUUAUUUUAAAUGCACAUGUUAUUUUGUGGUAAGUUUCUCAGUAAAUUCAUCAUGAUCCUAUCAGUCUUCCACACUGUAGUCUGAGCAAAUGUAAAUGGAAACCUUUUAGGUUUCAAAAUAUCAGUUUUGUAGUUAUAAAAUAUUAUAUAUCAUG